GAGAGAAAAAGAGAGAUAGUUAGAGAAUUUCAGACAGACUAGGUCAACAAGGAGUGAGAGGCUGCAAUUUAGAGUGGGAAGUAGAAAACGUGGAAGGUGAGACAAAGGAAGGAAGGGAUGGUAAGAAAAACAGGGGAGUACAGAGGGAUAACAAGUCUGACAGAGAGAGAUCAUUUCAAAAGCUAGCUCUUUCCUGUAUGUGUGAGAGAUUUAUCUGUUUUCUGAUGGGAGAUUGUGUAUUCAACCAGGAAUCAAACAGGACUCUAUUGUACAUCUUGACUGGACCAAAACUGGCUGACAGUGGCUUUUAUCUUGUUCUUUGCUACUCAGAAACUGUUUUCAGGAAUAUAAAAUACAGGGUUGUAAUUCACUGCAAACAACAAAAAAAACCCAAAAUACUGACUUGAUUAGCCCGUCUAUAUCAGUGCCUGCUAGAGGCAUGAAGACUGUAGGAAGGUUGCACUAUUGGACAACUUUGGUGUACCCAGGCGAUCUCAACUUGGGAUAAUGGAGACUGCUAACCAGACUGUGACUGAAUAUCCAUGGGCAGGACAAACUUUGGCACCUCUCUGCACAGCCCGCUGCUGUGGACUGCUAAACCGAACGUUGGCAGUCAUGCUCAUGGUCAGUCUGGCCUUCGCCAUAGUGGUGGGAAACGUGGUGACACUUACUGUUUUCAUGCAGAUCCGGCAUUCUCGGACACCACAGGGCUACCUCAAAGUGUCCCUGGCCAUCGCCGACAUGAUGGUUGGAGUCUGGGUGGUACCAUUUUCUGUAUACACCGAAAUCUCUCUCAUGGUGACCAGCACUCCACCGACGUGGUACCAGGGCAUCUCAACAGCCUCACUGGAGGGUGGAUCAGGGCCUUGGCAACCCUGCAUGCUGAUUGGUCCAGUUUUUGCUGGAUGCACCUUUGUCUCGAUUAGUACCAUCUUUCUGAUGACAGUGGAGCGAUGUGUGGCAAUCCUGCGUCCGCUGCAUAAAGAUGCUCUUGUGACACGGCAUCGUACCCUGUUCCUAAUUCUCUUGUCCUGGGCAGGCAGCUUCUUACUGGCCAUGGCGCCGCUCAUGCUGAGCAACAGCUUCACACUGGAGUACAACGAAUGCAGCCGAAUGUGCAACUAUGCACCCUUACUAAUCGGGAAUCAAUUGCCUCCAGAUGCAAACAUCCUUCUGCUGUUUCCAGCCUUUGACUUCAGUUUACUAGGUGGCACAUUAGCCGUCAAUAUCCUGUCCUUCACCAGUAUCCGCCGUUACUCCCGCAAACGGAAGCUGCUCUCUGAGGGAAGUCUUGGCACGGACGCAGGAGCUGGUGGGUGUCCCCAUAGACCCUCUUUUUCUGAUAUCAAAGCAGCUAAAACCAUUGGAAUCCUCACCUUUGCCUUCACAGCCUCAUUCUCUCCUAUCGCCGUGUUUGUGCUGGGGAAUGUAGUGGGAUACACCUGGUGCAACUUCUCCUUUUUUGCUUUUUGGAUUCUGACAGGCAACAGUUGCUGCAAUGUGAUCAUUUACAGUGUGCGGGACAACCGUUUUAGGAAAGGGCUGACCUUGCUCUUUCAGCGGGAUAGAUCGCAGCCUCACUCAGAGAAAAGCUGAGGUUUUUAGACCUCUAGUAGGGCACUGGCUGGCACUGACUUCACUUUCUGUACUUCAUGUCACUUUCUACGGAGCCCGGGACAUGAUAAGCAGACAAAAAUAUAUAUCGUGACCACGAAUUAAGAAUUUGUUAAGUUGUUCCCUCAUUUUUAUUUAACUAAUGCCAGCUUAGCAUUGGUUCUUACGAUCAGAUUAUGUGAUUUAGAUUAAAUUCUAAAUUCUUGUUGUGUCAUGGAUGAGAAACAUUGUGCAUGAUGUCAUUGAGAAGGUGGAACUAGCGACUGAUUUUCGGAAACAAGAGCGUAAACAAACAAUGGCUACCGAAGUGGCGUGUUAGCUUAAAGCUAAUUCCAGUGUUGCUGAAGCGCCUCCGCUAUCGUUCGCCAGCAUUUCUCUUUUUUCACUCGGUCUUGGUCAUCCUUCGAUGAAACAUCAUAAAGGCAGGGGUAUUGUUGCCAUAUCUCCACAAACCUUUCCUCCAGCGGAAACAAGGGGACAGUUAAGAGAAGCUGAUUACCAGACCUAAUUGUUCUUUUGGGAGAGUAAGUAAUCAGAAGGUAGCUAAUGUAUUUUGGUCAAACGCCAGAUAAAGCCUUGUACACGAAAACAGCAAUUUUAAAAUCAAUUCUAAACUUUACAGGAAGCCGAUGUAAGGUCACUAAAAUGGGAGAAAUGUGAUCCCUCUUUUUUGUGCCGGCAAGAAGUCUCGCUGCAGCAUUUUGGACAAUUUGCAGGCGGGAUAUCGCAGUUUAAGGCAGGCCACAGUACAGGGAAUUACAGUAGUCCAGGCGUGAUGUUAUGAGAGCAUGGAUUACGGUCUCUAAAUCUUUCAGAGAUAAAAACUGUUUUAAUUUCGCAGUCAGUUUCAGAUGAAAGAAACUGCAUAUAAAGUGAAAAGAGAAGGGGGCCUAAAGUGGACCCUUGGGGCACACCGCAUAAUAGGGGAACCGACGAAGAAGAGAACUUCCCAAUGCUCCCAUGCUCGUCAGGUGUGACGGAACCCGUCGUGGAGGACCCAAAAAAACUAAACAUGCUAGUCUUUCUGUCGGGACGUCGUGAAGUGUUGCAGACACGGCGUUGGUUAUCAUCCACUAUGACACAUUUACAAGAUAAAACAAUCGAUUCUUGUGUCCCGGCAGCCAUUGUCGUUUACGAAUCACCACGACACCCUACAUCAGAUGGAUCACGUCAAAAUUGGGCUGAUAUUGUGUAGCCUAAACCCGGCAUAAAACAAGGAAACAAAUUAUUACAACAUGGCCACGGUUUAGUAAAACGAGGGAACAAAUUAUUAUAUUGUGCGCAUGAUUUACUUAAAAUGAGGGAACGAAUUAGUAAAACGUGCUGACGUAUUAGUAAGUCUUGGGAACAAAUUGUUAAUUCAUGGCCACGAUAUACAUAUUUGUUCCUGCAUGUCAUGUGUGGCGCUCAAUAACUUUAGCCUCAAGAGAUUAAGUUUGUUUGAUCUCUUUCACAAAUGGUUCAGGGACAACAAUGAACAUCAUUCCAAGAACUGUGGCAGUUGUCAUUAUAUAUUUUACAUUGGAUUAUAGUCUUUAUUAGCAAAUCCUUGCAGUUAUUUAUUUUUUUUAUUCAGUGCAGAAUAUCAUAUUAUUAAAACAUCUUAUUGUGUGCCGUUGUACAUAAGACAACAGAUGCCUUAACGAUUAUUGUUUUGUGUAUCCAACAUAAACCUGUAAAAUAUGUUUGUGAGACAUUUUUGAAUGUGAUUUACUGAAACACCUCACACAUUUUUUCUAAGGUGAAAAGUUCUAGAUGCUCUGUAAAAAGUUAUUUCUACCAAAUCUGACUCUGAAAAUGAUUUCAUUGGUGUAAUUGUGAGUCAAAUUCAUCAUAUUCAAUACUCAAUCAAAUAACUGACUUGAAUAUUUUUUUUUUUGAAAACACAAAAUACAGUAUUAUAGAUUCUUCUUUCCACUUUUAGAUUUUCAUUUCUAAAAAAUUAUAAAGUAAAAAAAAUACGUAGGUAUAUACUUUUUGUAAUAACUGGUGGGCACUCUUAAAACUGUGAAGUACAUAAUCAGUGCAAUCA